GGCUGAGAGGCCGGUUUAUCCGGAGGUGGAGGAGGCGAGGCUGUGGUGGCGCGGUGGGAAGGAGGCUCCGCGAGCGCCUUGAUGGGGGACAUGAGCACGUAUGGCGGGCUAGGGCUUCGGGCUUUUCCUCCUGCCUAGUCUGCUGUUCUCUGCCGGUUACUCGUGUUUUCCACGCGAGGAGCUCAAGGGGCAGGCAAAGUCCCCGCUGCAUGUCCAUGUGAGGGAGGACAGCCGGUGGAGAACAGGUCAUUCAAGAUGUCAGAAGGAACCUCAGGUAACGAUACCGGGAAUCCUGGUGGCAGCAUCCGGCCCACGCUUACUGCUGCACGAGGGUUGAUAGGGAGAAGAACCACUGCCCCAAUUACCCCAGGCCGACUGCCCUCCAUUCGCUCCAGAGACCUGACUCUUGGUGGAGUUAAAAAGAAAACCUUUGCUCCCAACAUAAUCAGCAGGAAAAUCAAAGAAGAGCCAAAAGAGGAAAUUAACCUCAAGAAAGAGAAGAAGGAGCGUGAUCGAGACCGGCAGAGAGAUGGUCCUGGGCGAGGCAGAGGGAGGCCAGAGGUCAUCCAGUCUCAUUCCAUCUUUGAGCAAGGUCCAGCAGAAAUGAUGAAGAAGAAAGGCACCUGGGAUAAGACUGUGGAUAUGUCUGACUUUGGCCCAUCCCACAUCAUCAACAUAAAGAAAGAGAAAAGGGAGACAGAUGAGGAAACCAAGCAGAUCCUGCGCAUGCUGGAGAAGGAUGAUUUCCUUGAUGACCCAGGCUUGAAAAAUGACAUCCGGAACAAGCCAGUUCAGCUUCCUCUGGCCCAUUCAGGCUGGCUUUUCAAGGAGGAGGAUCAAGAGGAUGUCAAGCCUUUGAGCUCCAGUGCCAGGGAGGAGGACAUGGAAGUAGACACAUCUUCAGUGAAAGUGAAAGAGGAGCCCCAUGAUGAAGAGGAGAACCCACCGGGCCUCAGACCAGCUCCUGCAAAGGCACCCCCUCCCUUCCCCCAGGAUGUCUCUGUUGCGGAGCUGCUGCAGCAGCUCAGCCUCUGCAAGGAGGAUGCCUUGCUCUUUCUGCAGCUACCAGAUACACUGCCAGGGCAGCCACCCACCCAGGACACCAAGCCCAUCAAAACCGAGGUGCAAAGUGAAGAUGGGCAGGUGAUGCUGAUAAAGCAGGAGAAGAACCAGGAAGCCAAAGAGGCAGAGAACAUCUGCACCCUCGGUGACCUCUCUGAAGGGCAGGUGGGGAAGCUGCUGAUACGCAAAUCAGGGAAGGUGCAGCUAGUUCUGGGCAGGGUGACUCUUGAUGUGACCACAGGGACACCCUGCUCCUUCCUUCAGGAGCUGGUGUCAGUGGGGAUUGGAGACAGUAGGAGUGGCGAGAUGAUCAUCCUGGGCCAUGUGAAGCACAAGCUGGUCUGUGCUCCGGAUUUUGAAUUCCUGCUGGAACAGAAGCAUCGGUAGAGAGCCUGGGCUGUGGCAAAGGCCUGUGGACAGGACUGCUAGCCCUUCCUUGAGGUUCCUUUAGAAGCAACAGUGACUGGGAUGUCCAGAAGAGCCUUGUUCCUAAUCUGGAGAGUGCAGAGGUGCUCCUAAGACAACCUCCUAGACAGGUCUGGCCACAUUGCAGUGGAGCAGAACUGUGUGACCACUUACUGCAUUUGGGUCUCUAAACCUAUAAAGUGUUCGGUUGGAGAUGCUCCAAUGGCAUCCCCUUCUCCACAGGUCUAAUUUACAAGCAACGUAUAGCAGAAAAGACUCAUACUUGAACAUUGUGUCACAAUCCCAGGCACCAGAGUCCUAGUAGGAGAUUUGUCAUGUGUGAGAGGCUUUUGAGCAGAGAUUUGGCUGUUAAGCCAUUACCUCCAGAUGAAGAGGAAGGGUGCUUCCAUUCCAAUGGGAGGAUAAAGCCAGUCCUCUUUGAAAUUGUUCUUAUAGUUUCCCCCUUAUUUUUGAACAGCUACAAAAUGUGUAUGCAUUUUUUUUAAAAAGUAUCUGAUUGCCAGGGCUUGUGAUUUUGUGUGCCUAUAAUGCUAGUUCAUGUAUGCCAAAAGCAGCAACAGGUUUAUUUGGAGAAGCCAUAAAAUGGCAUGAAGGGGCACAUUGUCCCUCACCCAGUCUUGUUUUUGGUUUCCCAUCUGCCUGCAGUGUUGCUGUCCUUGAUGAAUGUAUGGUGCAUGUGAUGCUGGGAGUGAGUUGGGGGUAUUUUGUCCCACCAGCUGUGCAUCUUGCAUAUACAACAUAUUCAAUUAGCCUUUGAUUAGGGAGAUCCCCCAUCCCUGCUGUAAUGGUUUUAUAGAGCAGGAAUUAAAACCUGGAGUCUUCUAAAUUUUUAUUUUUAAAUUCAAGAUGUGGAAGUUAUAAAAAUCUGCUGAAAAAAGCUAAAUGUUAAUUCAGCUGGACCCACUUCCCUGCUCAAGCACUACUCUUAGAUAAGGACAGUCUAUUUAUAGAGUUUCUUAAGGAAAACUGAUUGCCAUGGCACAAUUGUUGAGCUCCAUCUGGUGGAUGUGUAUCUAUAAAUAAAAAUGAGGAAAUGGCUUUUGCAUCGUGUGGAAAAAGUGGAUAGAGUGUUUUUCUCCAUCCUAAUACUAGAACAUGGGAUCAUCCAAUGCAGCUGAAUAGUGGGCGACUGAAGUGCCGUGUUUCUCUGAAAAUAAGACACCGUCUUAUAUUUAUUUUUCCUCAAAAAACACCACCACCACUAUGGCUUAUUUUCAGGGGAUGUCUUAUUUUUCCCCUCCUCCUCCUCCUGCCACGGCCGGCACUGCUGCUGCGCCUAUCACUAUGGCUUAUUUUCGGGGUAUGGCUUAUAUUCCUUGAAUGCUUAAAAAUCCUGCUAUGGCUUAUUUUAUGGGUACGUCUUAUUUCGGGAAACAGGGUACUUUGUGCCGCACACGGGUAAGCAAGUGCAUAGGAAUUCACAGCUUUCCCUCUCUCUUCAAAGCUUGUAGUUAUUUUGUGAAGUGUUUGUAUGUCUCCGCUUUACCUUGUUCCUCUGUUCUUUGCAGCUAUGAGACCAAGAGAAUGCCUUUGAGAAAUAUUUUAUUAAUGAAUUAAACUGAGCUUGUAGUGUC